AUGAAGAUCACUUCAAAAAAGUGGUCGCAGUACUACGACGACAAGUACGAAGAGCAAAAGGAGACCGCCUUCAAAGUAGUACUAAUAAUUUCCUUAUCGAUAUCAGUAAUGUCAUGGACGGCGACUUGUAUCGCAUUGCCAGUUUUAUAUCAAUAUACAGUUGUGGCGACGAAACAGUUUGUGAAUGUGGCUGAUUUCUGUGAAUUCACGGCACGUUCUGUGAAGAACGACUCGGCAUUGUUGUUGGGAUUGGCUGAGAACAUGAAGGAUUAUAGAAAUUACACUUUGAUUGGACAGAAUGUAAGGAAGUUUUACCUUAUCUUAGAUCUGAUUGGUCUUACUAUAUUUUCUGUGCUUGAUCCUAUCGUACUGUAACUUAUUGUUACUGUACAUACUGUUGACAUACUCACAUCUCAGUAUAAUCUCAAUUUUUCAGCGUUUCGAGCGUCAAACUCACUUCCAAUCCCGCAGUCCCGGCUGUCGUUGUGAAGCCGAACCAGGUGCGCCAGGUCUGCCUGGCCGUCGAGGAAUGAAGGGUACUCAAGGUCGUCCAGGAACCUCCGGAAUCCCAGCACGACUACCUUGUGAGCCAUUGAAGGAUCUGAAAAAGUAUUGUCCAGAACAAUGUCCCCAAGGCUUGCAAGGUCUACCUGGAAUGCGAGGUGAACGUGGUGAUAAGGGAGCUGAAGGUGAUAAGGGUCGUAAAGGUAAAGAUGGAGAGAAUGGCAAGACUGGUCCGAGAGGUCAGCCCGGUCCACCUGGCAUCGAUGGAGUUGAUGGGGAUGAUGGUAAGGGUUUUGUCAUUUCUGGUACUAUUUAUACUAUUUUAGGUCACUUUGGCAUUUUUGGUACUAUUUUUUUUGGUUUAGAUUACUUUAGCAUUCUAUAGUACUACUUAUACUAUUUUUUGCCUUUUGCAUCAUAUUACACUACCUAAACCACAGUUUCUUUUCAGGUGACGCAGGAAUAGACGCCCAGCCCACACCCUUCAUCCCCGGUCCACCCGGACUACAAGGCGAACAAGGUGAACCAGGACCAGCAGGACCACGUGGUAUGCCCGGAAUUGAUGGUCCACAAGGCCCGAUAGGUAAACGUGGUCUAGCUGGUACUAAUGGUGUACCAGGCUUCCGAGGAGUCCCUGGUUCGCCUGGUCCUAUGGGUGAUCCAGGAGAGCCGGGCAAACAAGGAGUAUGUCCAACUUAUUGUGCUACCGAUGGGGGUGUUUUCUUUGUUGAACUGCCCGACUCGUUCUUUUCUCAAAACUAA